AGCCAAACCCUCUCUCCUUUUAAACCCCUCUCUGCCUCUCGCCGUUCUUCAUCACCACAUUUCUCUCUUGUUUCCCCCGCAGCUCGAUUCUUUUCUGCUGCUAUCAAUGGCUCUACCGAACCAGCAAACCGUAGAUUACCCUAGCUUCAAGCUUGUCAUCGUCGGUGAUGGAGGGACUGGAAAAACUACAUUUGUCAAGAGACAUCUUACCGGAGAGUUUGAGAAGAAGUAUGAACCUACUAUUGGUGUGGAGGUUCAUCCUCUUGAUUUCUUCACAAACUGCGGCAAGAUCCGGUUUUACUGCUGGGAUACCGCUGGCCAAGAGAAAUUCGGUGGUCUAAGGGACGGAUACUACAUCCAUGGACAAUGUGCCAUCAUUAUGUUUGACGUUACAGCCCGUCUCACAUACAAGAAUGUUCCUACAUGGCACCGUGACUUGUGCAGGGUUUGUGAGAACAUCCCGAUUGUUCUCUGUGGAAACAAAGUUGAUGUGAAGAACAGGCAAGUGAAGGCGAAGCAGGUUACUUUCCACAGAAAGAAGAAUCUUCAGUACUAUGAGAUCUCUGCCAAGAGCAACUACAACUUUGAGAAGCCAUUCUUGUACCUUGCCAGGAAACUCGCCGGGGACCCUAACCUUCACUUUGUGGAAUCACCUGCCCUUGCUCCCCCAGAAGUCACCAUUGACUUGGCUGCUCAACAACAGCAUGAGGCUGAGCUCGCAGCGGCAGCAAGUCAGCCACUUCCUGACGACGAUGAUGACACCUUCGAGUAAAAAAGAAGCUGUGUGUGGGGUCGAUGUUACAUAUUUUGAUCGUCAUGUGUUUUUUUUUCCUGAGUUUUGAGACGUGGAAUUUGGUUUGUUAGGUUGAGGGUUUUUAUGUCCCUUUGCGAUUUUCAAACCGAGUUUUUAAAAAAUGUGAUCGUUGUGUUGGAAUUUGCUCUCUCCGUUACCAUGUUCUAUUUUCAAUGGUGUAAUCCAUUCCCCAUUAGUUCUAUGCCUCGGAUUCUAUUUCAGUUC